AUGAUGGACGUUUGUGUGGAGGAAGAGGAGGACACGGCAGAGUCUCUGGUGUCCAGCUGCUCCUCCACAGAUAGUGACAGCUUCAGAAACCAUCCUCCAGACUUCAGUACUGAACCUGAACCUUCAGACACAAGUUCUUCAUCAGAGCUGAUGAUUCACUGUCUUCACAGAGGGAGGGAGAGGAGUGGUGUCUGUGUGGGGGAGGGCCUGUUCCACUGCACUUUGCAUCAGGACGUCCUGAAGGAUCCAGUCUCUACCAGUGGUGGACACUGGUUCUGCAGAUGGGCCAACACGUCAUACUGGGUCCAGUCUGCUGCACCAGGACCCUUCUCCAGUCUCCAGUGUGGAGAAACAUCUAACAUCACAUCUGGACUGCAGACAUCCAAUCAGAGCUGCUCUGUACAAGAUGUUGGUCUGCAGGAGGUUUUGGAUGAACAUAAGAUCAGUCUGAGAAGGAGAUGUGAAUAUGUGGCUGAAGGAAGUGGUGAAACAAGAAGUAGAACCCUCCUCAACAGGAUCUACACUGAGCUCUACAUCACAGAGAGACAGAGUGAAGAGGUUAAUACUCAACAUGAGGUGAGGCAGCUGGAGGCAGCCUCCAAGAUCAAGAGCCUUCAUGACACUCCAAUCAGGUGCCACAACAUCUUCAAGGCCUUACCUGACCAACAUGGAGCCAUCAGAGUGGUUCUGACAAAUGGUGUUGCUGGUGUUGGAAAAACCUUUUCAGUGCAGAAGUUCACUCUGGACUGGGCUGAGGGCUUGGAGAACCAAGAUAUCAGUGUGGUGAUUCUGCUUUCAUUCAGGGAGCUGAACUUGAUCAGAGAUGAGCAAUACAGUCUUCUCACACUGAUCCAUGAUUUCCAUCCAUCAUUAAAGAAGUUCCCAGCAGAGAAGCUGUCUGUCUGUAAACUUCUCUUCAUCUUUGAUGGUCUGGAUGAAAGCGGAUUUUCACUGGACUUUGACAACAUGAAGGUUGUCUCUGACGUCACACAGAAGUCAUCAGUCAAUGUGCUGCUGACAAACCUCAUCAAGGGGAGUCUGCUUCCCUCGGCUCUGGUCUGGAUAACAUCCCGAACUGCAGCAGCCAAACAGAUCCCUCCUUCUUGUGUUGACAGGGUGACAGAAGUACGAGGGUUCACUGAUACCCAGAAGGAGGAGUACUUCAGGAGGAGGUUCAAUGAUGAAGAUCUGUCCAGCAGAAUCAUCUCCCACAUCAAGACCUCCAGGAGCCUCCACAUCAUGUGUGGAAUCCCAGUAUCCUGCUGGAUCACUGCUACAGUUCUGGAGCACAUGUUGACCACAGAGCAGAGAGGAGAACUGCCCAAGACUAUGACUGACAUGUACUCACACUUCCUGCUGGUUCAGACAAAAAAGAACAAGAACAAGUACCAUGAAGGACAUGAUAGGAAGACCAGAAAAAGAAUUAAGAGGAAUCUCCUGAAACUGGGGAGGUUGGCAUUUAAGCAUCUGGAGGAGGGAAACAUCUUGUUUUCCCAAGAAGACCUGGAGAAAUGUGAACUUGAUGUGACAGAGGCUUCAAUGUACUCGGGAAUUUGUUCAGAGUUGUUAAGAGGAGAGUUGGUGAUCUUCAAGAAACCAGUUUACUGCUUUGUUCAUCUAAACAUUCAGGAGUUUCUGGCUGCAGUCUACAUGUUCCACUGUUUCACCAACAGAGACACAUAUGUCCUGGAGAGUUUCCUGAGAAAACAAGACAAUUACUCGUCAAUGGACGACUUCCUUUACAGUGUCCUGGUGAAGUCCCUCAGAAGUGAAAAUGGCCACCUGGACCAGUUUGUUCGCUUCCUUCAUGGCUUUUGUGUGGAGUCCAACCAGAGACUUUUAGGAGGCCUCCUGGGUCAGACAGGUUACAGUCCAGAAAUCAUCCAGAGAGUCAUCAACAACUUGAAGAAGAUAAACUCUGGUGGUGUUUCUCCUGACAGACACAUCAACAUCUUUCACUGCCAGAUGGAGAUAAAUGACCUCUCAGUUCAUCAGGACAUCCAAGAGCUCCUGAAGUCAGAGGACAGAUCAAAGAUAACCCUCUCAGAGAACCAGUGCUUAGCUCUGGCUGACAAGCUGCAGAUGUCAGAGGAGGUUCCAGACGAGCUGGAUCUGAAGAAGUACAGAUCAUCAGACGAGGGACAACGGAGACAGAUUCCUGAUGUGGCAAACAGCAGAUUGGCUCGGUGA